AACGUGCAUGUCAGCUUUACUGUAGUGACAGUGUGCCAACUUUUGUAAUAAUAUCAUUGGCAAUUGACAACCGACAACAUGGAGUUGCAAAGCUUUGUAACUGUACAAAUUCAAACAUUUGAUCCAAACGCAAACUUAGUAAAGCUGUCAGUCCCUUCCCAGGAGGAUGAGGUAUCUGUCCACACACUUCAGUCUAAAGUCUGUGAACACUUAGGUUUGAAGAAGAGUAGCUGGAAAUACUUUUGCUUAUGUCAAGGUUUAGACAAACCUGUGAAAAGAUACAAAGCUUCUGAGAUGCUUCUGGUGCCUGUGAAAGAUCUGAGUUUGCAGAAAUGGUGCUUCAACCCCGCAGAGGAGAGAAGAUUGCUGAAGACUGACAGUCAAGCUGUCCACCUUCUCAGUCUACAGGCGCAGCACCACCUGAGUGUCGGUAAAUUACAACCAACAGAAGCGGAGAAACUGAAACUUGAAGAAUGCCUUGAACCCACCUUUGUGAUGGAGGAACAGUAUGUCACACAGUGUCAGAAACUGCCCAACUACUUCAGUGUGUGUGUCCGCAACUGCCAACUGUGCCACGCACUACAAGUACCUGCUUGUACCACUGCUUGGCCGAGAAACAGUUUGUUGUCUGUUUUUGUUUCCAAGCAUGGUUUGAAAGUUGUAUCAGACAAUAGUGAAGAGCUAGUCAUUUCUUGGUAUGAAGUUGUGCAGUGGGUGUGGCAUGAAGGGGAGAGAACUCUAACAUACACCAUGCAGGUACGAGAGUGUUCUCCCCUUAUUGAGCUGAGACUGAUGUCCAUCCAAGCAGAAUAUCUUCUGUCAGCAACAAUGGAAGGAGUCUCUACUCUCAUGGUUGACGACGACGAUUCUCCAACCUUCCAUGCCUCCAUGAUCAGCAUGCUGGCCGACGGCAGCAAACAGUGGAACAACUGCCUGUUUGAACCAGCGAAAGCAGCAGAUAGCAAGCACCUGAUUUAGCCAACGCCAUUCAACAGCUUUGUCUUUCAUGUUUUUCCUGUGAUAUUUUUUAAUGCGUGCUGAUGAUUUUUGAAUGAAUUAUUUUUUAUCAAAUACAUUAUUCAGGAAGAUAGACCAGGAAGAUUUAGGGAAAGGAAAUGUUGUUUUGUGAAGAACCUGUCCCAGAAUUUCCUAGGAUCUACUAUAGAAUACUGUCAAUUUGUAUCAAGUCAAACACAUACCGGUACAUGUAUAUCAUAAAAAAAAAUCAACUUGUGAGUUUGUUACAUCAAAGCAUCUUUAAUUAUUUUUUUUUACAUGACUGUGUUUAUCUCAAAAUAAUGGUCACCUGAUAUUCCCUUUGUGACCACUUCAAUAUCAAACAUGCUUAUAUCAAUAAGAUGCAAAACUGUUUGGGGAAGUUGAGAUAUUGCUGGUUACCAAUGGUGAGCGCAGGAUUUCUUGUAUUUCCUGUGUAGAUCAUUCUAUUUAUGUCCUGUGUAGGUAUGAAAUAACUGGUGAAGGAAUAACUUACCAGUGUAGGCAUAGUUUAUCCCUCUAGGUAGACUUAAAUUUCUGUAGCAUACUUGAAGCAGUACAGAGCAGGAAAAAGUUUCAUUUUUCAUUUAUGUAAUCCUGGGGCUGAAGUAAGUUGCAAGUUUUGAUGUUUUAUAUCGGUAAACCUCUUUAGGAAAGUCUGUCAAAGACAUGCACAUGUUAAAGAUUUAGUGUCUUACUUUACACUAAGAGUUCAGUCAUAUGAACACUUUAAAGUUUCAUAAGAAUUUUAAUAGGUUUUCUUCAUUCUAAACUGUAACUAUGAUUAUCUCACACAAUACCAUAACUAUGGUUAUCUCACUCUAUGCCAUGACUAUGAUUAUCUCACAGCUGGUUAUCUCACUCUAUACCAUAACUGUGUUUAUCUCAUUAUGAUUAUCUCACUCUUUUCCGUAAAUAUGGUUAUCAAAGUAAUGAAACUUUUUCUGUACAAACUUUAUCUUGUGUGUUGGAUACCCCAUUUCGUCAACUUUCAGCUGAUUAUUUUCUGAGGUCAAAGUUCAUCCAUAUCUCAUUUAUGAAUUUAAGACUUGAUCUAGGCCUGCUCAGAGGCUCAUAUUCGGCCCAAAGUCCGCAGCAAAUGUCAUGAAAAAUUCUCAAAUCCAAAUUAAACAUUUCCCAAUUCAUGUAAAUAUAUUCAUUACUAAUAACUAAUUUUUUGGCUUUUGUAGUGGUAACCUACAUUCAAUAGGAAUAUGUUUUAACCCUUUGUUUUAUAUUAUGGAAUUAAAUACAAUCUCAAAUUACAGUGUUAAAAUAUCUCUGAAUA